GUUUUUUAACCUGUGGUUACAAAACCCCAUUGAGUGAAACGAGUGUUUGGUUUCGUUUACUUUUGAGAUUUUGUGUGACUGCUUUGUUUCGUAGUGUUAGAAUAAUUAACUUACAAUAUUUGCCAAGAUGUCUUCAGUUUGUUGUGGAACAAAAAAACAGAAACUAAACAACUCGUAUAGCAACAGUAUAGAUCGACCUUUGAAUGGUUACCAGGAGUCAGUGGCUAUUCCUGAUAUGUGUUACUUUUGUUUCGAUGUUUUGUAUUGUCAGCUGCAUAGUAUGGACCCUCCUCAGACGCCAAACUUUACUAAUGAUGCCUAUCCUUUGUUUGUGACUUGGAAGAUUGGCAAGGAGCACCGUCUCCGAGGAUGCAUUGGGACAUUCAAUGCGAUGCAUUUACAUUCAGGUCUUCGCGAAUACGCAAUAACGAGUGCUUUGAAAGACUCGCGGUUCGCUCCAAUCACUCGUGAAGAGGUGCCGCGGCUGACCGUGUCGGUUUCCAUACUGCAGCACUUUGAGGAAGCCGAGCAUUACCUGGAUUGGAAGCUCGGCAAGCAUGGCAUCCGCAUUGAGUUCAUCAGUGAACGCGGCACCAAGCGCACCGCUACCUAUUUACCUCAAGUUGCUACUGAACAAGGUUGGGACCAAAUCCAAACUAUAGACUCUCUGCUGAGAAAGGGUGGCUACAAGGCCGCCAUCACAGGCGAGCUGAGACGGAGCAUCAAGCUGACUCGCUACCAGUCCGAGGAGAUCUCCGCCACCUACAACGAAUACAUCAGCCAGCGCUGCUAGCAGACGGUAAACGUGCCCACCCGCACCCAACUUCAUAACAAUCCAAGACUUGUGUACCACAGUAAACCUUAUGCACAUAGCAAUAAGAGAUACCAACGGCGUGGGGUCGGGCAGAGUGGUUACAAAUAUUGUGCUAGAAAUAACGUAGCUUGUAAGUGUAUGUCUAGUGUCCAGAAUCAGUUUGCGAGGAGGCAUUGUGAAGUGAGCGCUCGUUCGACUCGAAAUGUCACCGGUCAGAAUUCUGCUCAAAGUGCAUUGACGAGCCAGCCCAGACGAUCCUGUCUGAUUCAAAUUAUUUAACGUAAGAUACAACACUGCCAACGACAUUCCUCUGCGGAUAACAUCUUAAGUGCCAUCUCAAUAACUGUUAUGCUUAUGAUUAGUAGUUAUAUUGACAUUGCAGGAUUCAUAAUAGUGUUACACAUUUGUAUACUUCAUUACUCGCAACUAGUUUUGAGCUAAUUUAAAAUUAAGAGUGUUUAUCAUCGGCAAUACACUUUGAACGAAAUUUUGAAGGACAUAUUUAGUUAUUACAUUGUUAUAUGAAUAUGUUACUGUGAGUCUAAUAAUUAAAAACAUUGGUUAGUGAUUUAUGUGUAAUUUGACUCAUGGUUGGCUAGUUAAGGGUUGCCCAUGCUUCCAUUAUUGAUGAUCUUGUAUUACUGAUUGAAUCUACGCAUUCUGUGGCAUGGUUACAAUUUCAUAUUGAAACGAAAGUCAAGAUACAUUGUUAUAAUUAUGUAUAACAAGCUUUUGAGAAGAUAAAUGUUGCAUAACUUUUUCUAUGUACUUUUUAUUUUGUUUGGGGAUUCUUAAUUUAUUACUUUUCUAAUCUUUUCUAGCUUCACUAGUUCAAUAUCUUUAUACCAUACAUGUUAACGAGUAAAAUAAUAUAUUUUUAUAUUACUUAGUUGCAAAUCUGGCUUGUAAUUGUAAUAAUACCGUCUGUCCAAGGCUAUUUUCUCGCAUGACUGGCUUUCAUUAGCCUUACUCUACUUUUAAACUACGAAUGAACCGUAAUAACCACAUAGAUAAGGUGGUUUGAGGCUUGAGGCCUAUCUAUGUUGUGAGGACUUUGAAAUUAUUGACUUUACCUAUAAUAAUAUUUAUCAAUUAUUCUAGUCUGUUUAUUUGGGGAAAUAACGUCGUCAAUAUAAGAAUAUUGCAGUCUUACUGCGUCUACGUUUUAUUUAGAAGAAAAAUGUGAAAUUGUAACUCCUAUCAUGAAUUGCAACCCGGAUCUCAACGUAAUAUCAUUACGACAUAUUUUUUAUAAACAAAGUACUUACUUACAUGAAUCUGCUAAUUUUGGGUAAGCACCCUUCGAUUAUCAUGUAAGGAAUAUAAAUUAGAUCGAAACAGUAUAAUGUUGUCGAAAAAAAAAUAUCAAAAAUAUUUUAAUGAAAAAUUCUAAAAAAAAAAAAACAUAUAAGAAUUAAAGUGAACAAAAAAAGUAAAUAAAUAAAAUUACUUUAAGAAUUCAUUUGUUUUAGAAUGUAAGUGUGUCUUACUUUUUAAUAUUUUGAACUCGGAAUAUUGUUAUGUGGUUCUCAGUGGUCGGAUCGGCGGUUGAUUUGUUGAGGGGGCAUGGGAGAUGGGAUGGUUCGUUAUCUUGGUAUUCCUAUACUUAAUCACAGAACAGAUGGAUAAAUAAUAUCUGUCUUGAAAUUUACUAGAACAACUUUGCCUUUAAAUCUGCUUUAACUUCAUUUUCCUAACUGUCAUAUUCAAAUACUUAUUCAGCUAUCCUACAAAUCCAACAUCAUGAAAAUCUGUCCAGCCGUUUCAGAGAUACAAGUGUUAUGACAUAAAUUAUUAUGUAGAUUAAUACCAGGAUAACGAAACCAUUCAGAUUGUUGGAAAUGUGUAAUGAUGAUAAUAAAUAAUAAAUUGUUUGAAUUACAAAGAGAGUUGUUUUGACAUCAAGUUUAUACGAAGAAGUAUGGCGUCUUAGACAGUAGAGUGUACAAGGGAAGUUGUAUCGGUCGUGUAGGUACGAUCAGCCAAGCUAUUUAGUAUACAAGUAAGAAAAUAAAGAUUAAUUCAGUGCAGAGACAGACUGACAGACUAUUGGUUACCUACUGAGCCGACUAAUGGUCACAUAAGAUUGGCUUCGUUGAGUUCAAUAAUAGCUACUGUUUCGGUACGGAAUCAAUCUUUAUUAUAAUAACUUGCAUACUAAAUAACUUGGUUGACUUGUACAUAAUCUUAUGUAUUAUGUUUGCGAUUUCAAAGGGUCAUGUGUCAUUGAAGAAGUUAGAAUUGUACAUUAAAGUUAGACAGUUGUGUUGAUAAUCAGGAGACAUUAUUUUAAUAUUACCCAUUAAUAUCAGCCUAUUAUAUUCAAAAUAUAUAAUACUUUAGUAUGGUCACGAUACCAUACUGUAAGAUGAUACAAAUCAAAGAUCUCAAAUGUAUAACUCUACAGAGAGGCUGAAAUUGGAUCCUGUGUAAGCUGUAUAGAUCACAUAUUCACACCCAAUAAUAUACAAGACUAAUAAAAGUCUAUAAAGAUCCUUGUGUUUAACACCACUUUAUGUGUAUAAAUUAAUAAAAGGUGUAUGACUUCUUUUUACUUACUCGUCUAUAAAUCAAUGAACAAAUAAUAGCAGGAUUUUGUACUGCGGUGCGUCACCGUCCGUCCUUUACUUCGACGCCCACUUAUACACAUUUAUAAUUCAGUACUAACUGAAAUGUGCAGUUCUAUAUUAUUCAUAAGCCUAUUAUAGCUAUUGAAUAUUGUUCUAUCGAUCACGAUGAGAUUGAGAAAAGAUUCUGUAGCUAAAAUAUGUUUUAUGAAUAAGUAAAUAAAGUCUACAUUCAAUUGACACAUCAUUUGAAAUCCAACAAUAAAUUGUUAUCCUUUAUAGUGAACAGCUAGAAAUUAAUAUUAUAUAGUAGUUCAUCGACUCGUAAAAUAUUUAGAUUUUGAAAAUGAACGGCCCUAACUAUGUAGUGCUAAUUCGUUUGAGCACUAACUUGAUCUAGAUUUAUCAGCUUUUGAGCUUCGUGUUUAAAAUUAACGCUAUCCCUUUCUCGCGCUGUGUUUUAGAAAGAGAUAGUAUACUUGUUCUAGAUUAGUUAGUGAGCAAGGAUUAGCACGAAUGACAAACUAAGCACAUACAAAGUGGCUAUGUGGAUUGAAGUACACAAAUUGAAGGAACUUGUCGUGUAAACGUCUAAAAACGUUUGAACGUUACUCAAUUUUAAGUCGCUCUCAAAACUACAUAGUUCUGUCCCUAUCAACUCUUUAUAAAAUGACAGAGAUAACACGAUAUUUAAGUACAACUUAAAAUUGAGUAGCCUUUCAGUAUUCGGGCGUAUAUUACCGACAUAUACAAAAGUGUAACGACUAGUCUCAGUGGAUUUGGCUGGACUAGAGAUCUCUGCCUUAUCCUGCAAGAAACAAAAGGCGUAAUGUUAUGUAUAGCCUUGUUUGCUUCCUAAAAAUAAUGCAAUCUAUACAUAUUUUCACAUAGCUAAAUAAUUGUAUGUGCUUAAACAAACUAUAAUGUACUUGCAGCAAUAUGAGUGACUUUAAAUGAUAAAGAUCAUAUUAUUAUUAUAUCAUAUAAAAUAUUAUAAAUAAGGCAGAUAUAUAGAUAGUUAUUGUUUUAUGUUUAAAAUUAACAAAAUUAUGUGUUAAUGACUUUUAGCCUCCUUCAGACAACACAUUUGAUUCAGUUACCUACUUACGGUAAUUUCCUUUUAAAGAUUUUUGCUUUUUUAUAGUUGCAGAGAAAUUUUCGUUCUGUGUAAUCGAACCUCUGUUGUUUUUUUAUUACUAUCCUUAAUACAGAGUCAUGAAGUAUGGCUAUAUAAUUAACUUUUACUUUGAAUAAGUUCUUUUUUCUUUGAAGAUUUAUCACAUGUUCACAGUUUGAAAGUGUUAAUUUUGCUAUAAUCUGAAGUUAGCCAAAAGUCUAGUUAUCAGUUAAAUUCUAGCCACAAUAAGUAGUUUCGCUAACAGUGUAGAAUUAAGGUAAGAUACAGUUUUGUACAGAAUUUGCGCCAUUCGGAACAGACGUACUUGUACGUGAGUGAGUGAAACAGAUACUUACAAGUAUAGCUGUCUCACUCACUCCGUAGAUUGUCCUAAAAAGUAAGAAGCAUAUCUAUGGUUAAUAGAGAUAUUUUUGAAUACAAGUCUUGUGUAGAUUCCCUGAGUUUCGAGUGGUUAGUUACUUGUGUAUCAACAGUUCUGCAUGUGUUCAUAUCUAGAAAUUGUACUGGCAACAGUUGUGUGCAUAGUUUGUUGUCCGUUUUUUUGUAUUUCUUAAAUAUGAUUAACUAAUAUAGGAUACUUUGAUGAUA